AUGGUGACAGUCAGAAGUGUAAUUGCCUUAGCUGCUGCCAAGCAUCGGACCAUCCAUCAAAUGGAUGUGUACAAUGCUUUUCUACAAGGUGAUUUAACUGAAGAAGUAUUCAUAUGUAUUCCACCUGGCUUUGUAGGCUGUAACAACAGGUCACUGGUACGCAAAUUGCAUAAAUUACUCCAUGGACUUAAGCAAGCAUCUCAACAAUGGAAUAUCAAACUCACUGCAACACUACUUGCAUCAGGAUUUCAACAAAGCCACUUAGACUAUUCCUUAUUCACCAAAAGAUCUUCAGGGCAGCUGGUGGUGCAUCAGAGGAAGUAUAGUUUGGAGUUGAUUGCUAACUUGGGUUUAUCAGGUUGUAAACCUGUGAGUUCACCUUUGGAAUUGAAUGCCAAGUUGACCACAUUGGAGUUUGAUACGCGCACAGGCUCUACAACUGAUGAUACUCUAUUAGAGGAUCCAAGACCAUACCAAAGAUUACUUGGAAGAUUAUUGUACUUAACAAUCACUAGACCUGACAUCUCAUUUAUAGUUCAAACACUGAGUCAGUUUAUGCACAAUCCUAAGUCUUCUCAUAUGGAUGCUGCUCUCAGAGUUGUGAAAUAUAUUAAAAAUUAUCCUGGCUUGGGGGUGUUAAUGAAAGCUGAUUAUUCUGGCUCACUAGCAGCUUUCUGUGAUGUUGAUUGGGCAGAUUGCCCCAACAGUAAAAGAUCAAUAACAGGUUAUCUAAUGAAGUUUGGUGAUUCCCUCAUUUCAUGGAAGUCCAAGAAACAAUCAACAGUUUUCAGAAGUUCUACUGAAGCAGAGUAUAGAAGUCUUACUUCAAUUGUGGCUGAGAUUGUUUGGCUUACUAGUUUGUCUAAAGAGUUAGGGUUGCUCAACAAAAUCUAG